GUGCCAAGUGCUCACUUCCGCCCGUGUGGGGAACCCCGGAGCGGAUAUAGCGGCCCCGGUUUCCGGUCUAGCUCCUUUUCGGCCGCGGCUGCCUCCACGCGAACAUGCCUCUGGCGAAAGACCUGCUGCAUCCCUCCCCCGAGGAGGAGAAGCGGAAACACAAGAAGAAGCGUCUGGUCCAGAGUCCGAACUCCUAUUUCAUGGAUGUGAAGUGUCCAGGUUGCUAUAAAAUCACCACUGUAUUCAGCCAUGCUCAGACUGUAGUUCUGUGUGUUGGCUGCUCAACUGUGCUGUGCCAGCCCACUGGAGGAAAGGCAAGGCUUACAGAAGGAUGCUCCUUCAGACGAAAGCAGCACUAAAGGGAAGUGUGUCUGAGAUGGGUGAGACUACCUGCGCAGUUGGCUGCACAGACACAUACAGAUGGUUCAAGAGCAUGGGAUUCAGCCACAGAGCAACAUAAGUGUCAAGAUGUGAACAGAAGGCUUUAAAGAUGUCUCUAGAAUGUGAGGGGAGAACAUGACUUUCAUACUGUCCCUGUAGCCUCACCCAUCUGACUGUCAAUAAAUUUUGGAUAAAAUACA